AAAAACCCAAACUGCGCAUAAAAUAUUAACUUAUUUUGUCUAGUUGAUGGUAAGUGGUGAAAGAAUGAGAUGAAUGUUACGACAUCGAAUUAAAAAAUGCGUUCGAUAUUCAUUUUUUUCGUUUUUCUUUCAUUUCACUGGAAUGAAUGUAUUUCGACAAAAACCAUUCUCUUCAUAUAUGGUAACACAAACAUGACUGAAUACGAUGUGAAGGAGCUAUCAGAAAAUUUAGAAAACAUUUCCAAAGACAAAUUGUUCAAGGAUGGAUUUGAUUUCAAUUUCAAAAUAAUACUCCCCAAUAUAUCUUACGUCGUAGAAAUAAUAAAUUCCACAAAACCGAGAACCUCAAACAAUUACAGUAUCAAAGGCCAGUCAAUACUCAAAAGUUUACAAACACAGUUACAAGAGUGUCCUGAUCAUUCUGUAAUCAAUAUCAUUACAAAUGCUGCAGCACCUGAUGAUGUGAACUUGAUUCCCAAUAUACUGGAACUGAUACAAAUCAAAAGAAUCGAAGUCAACUUUUUAAUCCAAACAGAAGAUGAAUUACCUAUUACCUCGCUUCCUGAAUAUAAAUUAAUCACUAUUAUAAGCAAUGGAUUUAUAGUUUGUUCAGAACUACCUAAAUUUGGAUUUGAUCUGAGACCAUCACUGAGAUUAAUUGAGUUUCCAGGUUCUCUGAAUUCGUGGUUAAAAUCAAUCAAGCAGAAAGUCACUUUACUAGCAGUUCAUCGCGUAGGUAAUUACCGACAUUGUAUCCAUUUAGACCCCUUUUUAAAACAAGAAGAAAAAGAGAUGAUUUUUACUCGAGGAUUACAACUACAUUUCGUAUUGAAGUAUUCCUAUACACUAGAAGUGCGUCGCUUCGGUCCAGAAUUCAAUAUCUUCCACGACCACCCUUCUAAGAUUCAGGAGUGCGUUAAGAUCGGCAGAAUGUUAACUGAAAACUCUCCACUUCUGUAUGGCUUGCGAAUCAUUGAUAGAAGCGAUUUCGACAUAGAUUAUGGAUUUUCCACAGAUGCAGUUCGUUCCUUGAACGAAACACGUAAAAGACCAAUCACCAGUAAAUUAGAAAAAAUCUACGUCACGUCCAGCAACAAAACUUUCCAAGCUACAUUUAACUCCUUCAGUGUGCUCUUCCUAAACGGUACAUAUUUUGCGAAAAAAUUCCUUUGCAUUCAGUACCACAGACUGAUUUAUUCGCAGGAUCAUUUCAAUCGCCCAAACAGCAUUAUUUCAACAUAAAAGUAACAGCUCAUGUGAAAAAGAAAAAAGUUUAUCGAUUGUCACAAACUGCUAUGAAUGCUGCGGAUGAAUACAACAAAAGUGAAAAAAACUCCACAAAUGUACAACUCUAUGACAACGCAACGAGUUUUUUGAUUUCAAAAAUUAAAAAAAAUGUACUUCGACGAAAACAGUUAUCUUCAUAUAUGGUGACACAAACAUGACCGAAUAUGAUGUGAAGGAGUUAUCAGAAAGCAUAGAAAAAAUUUCCACAAGCGAAUUAUUCAACGAUGGAUUUGAUUUCAAUUUCAAAAUAAUACUCCUCAAUACAUCUCACGUUGUUGAAAUAACAAAUUCCACAAAACCGAGAACCUCAAAUAAUUACACUAUCAAAGGCCAGUCAGUACUCAAAAGUCUACAAAUACAGCUACAAGAAUGUCCUGAUCAUUCUGUAAUCAAUAUCAUUACAAAUGCUACAGCACCUGAUGAUGUGGAUUUGAUUCCCAAUAUACUGGAACUGGUACAAACCAAAAGAACCGAGGUCAACUUUUUAAUCCCAUUAGAGGACGAAUUACCUGCUACCUCACUUCUUGAAUAUAAAUUAAUUACGAUUAUAAGCAACGGGUUUAUAGUCUGCUCAGUAUUACCUAAAUUUGGAUUUGAUCUCAGACCAUCAAUGAGAGCAAUUGAGUUUCCAGGUUCUCUGAAUACGUGGUUAAAAUCAGUCUCGCAAAAAAUAACCCUACUAGUUCUUCAUAGCGAAAAUGAUCGCCAAUGUUGCUUCCAUUUAGACCCAUUUUUGAAACCCGAUAAUAAAGAGCUGAUUCUUACUCGAGGAUCACAUUUAGUCAAUGUAUUCUCUUAUUCCGAUGCAACCAUGCGCGUGCCAGGUCGGGAUUUACAAGUGGAUGUCGAACAACCUACUAAGUUUCUGGAGUGCGUUUCGAUCUACGUAUUUACCGAAACCCCUUCACUUCAGUAUAGUUUGCGUAUCAGUGCUAGAAGCGAUUUCGAUAUCGAUUACGGAUUUUCCACACAUGCAGUUCGUUCCUUAAACGAAACACGUAAAAGACCAAUCGUCAGUGAAUCUGAAAAAGUCUACGUCACAUCCAGCAACAAAACUUUCCAACCUACAUUUAAUUCUUUCAGUGUACUUCUUCUAAAUGGUACUUAUUUUGGAGGAGAUAUUCCUUUGCAUUCAAUAUCAGGGACUGAUUUAUUUACGGGAUCAUUUAAACCACCCAAAAAAGAGUAUUUCUUUUUACAAGUGACAGCUUAUAUCAAAGAGGAAGGAAUUUCUCGACUGUCAUGGACAGCUAUGAAUGCUGCGGAUGAAUAUAACAAAAGUGAAAACAACUCGACAAAUGCACAAAUCUAUGGCAACACAACAAGUUCUUUCAUCUCAAAAAUUAAAAAAGUAACAUAAAUCAUAGGUAAUAUAAUUUUUUAGUAUUUUAGGAAUUUCACCAUUUUAUUAUAAUACGAAUUCAUUUUAUGAGAGAAAUAAACGCACAAAAUAUUAUUGUGAAAAGUA